CGGUCCGAGCGGCUGCGGGCGCGGCGCCCRUGGGAGAGCGGCGGUCCGCGGGCACGAGCAGGAGCAGCUGUGCUUCUCACUGGACCAGCAUGUGGAAUUCAUUGCAACUCUUUCAAGACGGUUCCUGUUUCAGAAGAACCAAUGGGUGCUGUGAAAUCUGUGUAACACCUUUUUAAAGAAGACUGCCUAAGGCAGCAGGACUGUGAGUCGCAUUUACAYGUUCAACAACUGGAAAGAUGCCAAGUUCUAAAAGUAACUUUGUGUGCUUAGAUGAGGAUGUUAUAAAUGACAUUUCGGACUUGAGUGAAAUGAAAAUUUCAGAUGAGAAAGGAUCUACUGAAAAGAGCACAACGACUUUAAUUGAGGAGAAUGGAUAUCAUGACUCGAUCUACAUAAAUGCAGCAAAGAUUUUUCAAGGCAUUCAUAACCAAAAGCCUCAGGAUAGGAUAUUGGUGCGAUAUGGUGACGACUCCGCAUCUCCCCUGCUAACUUUUAAAGAUGAGUAUUCCCAGCGUGUGUCUUAUGAACUGGCUUUCAGUGCUUUAAAAUAUCAAGAUCUUCUUGAAAAGAUACUGUUAGAUAGCUGUGCUUACCCCUGUCACUCAAUACCAGAUGAACUGACCAGCCUGCUUGUUGUGAUGCUUUAUGACCUGCAAGACAGAAAGUUUCAAGCCCGAGAGAUUGUUGAUGAGGAAGAGCCUGUAGCAGAAGUUCGGAAAAUAGAGCAUUAUCUAUACAAUUUUAAGACCAAAUUGGCAGCUGCACUAGCAAGAUGUCGAAUCAAACAUGAUGCUCUUUCAAUUGAACACAUUCUGCCAGAAACCAUACGGAAACAGGAGCAAAGGGCUUCCGUGGUCCCUUUGUAUGCCUGGAUAAAUACAUUAAAAAUCAGCCUUCAGGAUGUUGUCAAGAGUUUGGAGACAAAGGGAUUCAGAAGAGUUGAAUCUGUGUCAGACUUGGACCAUUAUACUUACUGUAUUGACCAGCAUUGUCAUGAUGUGUUGGUUUUUCCUUCCUCUCUCAAGAAAGAACUGCUUAAUUUGGAUCUUUUUGCAGAUUACAAACUCUUACUACAGGAUAAGUCUCGCAGCCUCGCUGUACAUUCUGUGUGUGCCCUGCUGAGUGCAGAUGAUGACGUUGUGGUGGCUCACAUGGCUUCCCGGCUGACCAUUGCCCAUCUGUCAGUGCUGACACAUCACAGCAUGUCCAGAAUUUUUGUUUGUGGGGUAAAAUCUCCAGCAAAGGACACUGAACUGAAGAACGUGUUCAGGCACGUGGGAUGUACAAAUAUUCAGUUGCUACGGGAUGACUUUACUGAGAUUGGAGCAACAGACCCGAGACUGCAAAAAGCUAAAGUUAUUCUGCUGCUGCCACAGUGCUCUGGAGUGGGUGUUGGCAAUCCAGUAGAAUUUAUUCUAAAUGAACAUGGAGAUGCAGGAUUGCUUAGAGACCUUUUCCACGGAUCUGUAUCUGAGGAUAAACUCACUAUUCUUGCCGAGAGGCAGCUGAAAGAGUUGAUGCAUGCAAUGAAAUUUAACAAAGUGCAAGCUAUUGUGUACUGCACUUCCUCAGUUUACCCAGAAGAAAAUGAGCUAGUAGUGAACAAAGCGCUGGAGUCUCGAGUGCAAGGAAAUAAAGGGCAGCCAUAUAGGCUCAUUCCUCCUGUUUUUCCUAUUUGCUCCAAUUCGAAGGCUUCCACUGAUUGUUUUUUCAAAAUGGAACCAUCAGAAAUUUCUAAUUGUUGCUUUUUAGCUAUUCUGGAAAGAGAGGUAAGCAGAGAAAACUUGUCUGUUCAAGACAUCUUGGCCCGUGCUGCAGCAAAAGGGUUGCUAGAUGGAAUAGACGUAGAGAAAUCAAAGAAAGAGGAGAGAAAGAAAAGGAAGCCGAAACCGCCGCAGCCCGUGAGCACCGCGGCAGCUCCCGGGGCGAGGGCCGAGGAGCCCGCGGGGCGCGAGGCCGCGGGGAGGCCGGUGCCGCGGCGGGCGCCGGGCCCUGCGGAGCAGCGGCGGCCGGAGGCGCCAGUGGCAGCUGUGCCGCGGAGCGGCCCUGUCCUCGCCUCGGCCAGCGCCGUGGGGCGCCCGCUYCGCGCCGUGGAGCGCCCCGCGCGCCCCCCGGGCAGGGUGGUGGUGCUGAAGCCCGUGGAGAUCGUGCUGCCCCCCGUGCUGGGCCCCUGCUGGAGCACCCACGGCGCCGCCGUCCCAGCCCAGCACUGCUGGCACCCCUGGGUCGGCGCCCAGCGGCUCGGCGGGGGCCUCUUCCCAGCCCCGCUCUCCAAGGCGCUCAGACCCGCUGCCCUCAGGCAGCCUCGGCCCUGGCUCUGA